AUGACAGAAAGAGAGAUUGUGCGCAUUGGCGGGAGAAAGUCAAAGCUGGCGGUGGUGCAGUCAAACGAGGUGAAGAGACUGAUUGAGACGAAUUUUUCACACUACAUGUGUACCGUUGUGGCAUUGCAGACGCUUGGAGAUCAGGUGCAGUCGAAGCCGCUCUAUUCAUUUGGCGGAAAAGCGGUCUGGACGAAGGAGCUUGAGGACCUGCUUUAUGAAAAGGAUCAGGACAAGAGAAUCGACCUUAUUGUCCAUUCUUUGAAGGACAUGCCCACUUCGCUUCCCGAUGGGUUCGAGCUGGGAUGUGUCACUAAGCGCGUGGAUCCCUCUGACUGUUUGAUCAUGGCAGAGGGCAGCCCUUAUAAGUGCUUAGAGGACUUGCCAGAUGGAAGCGUGGUUGGCACAUCUUCUAUCAGAAGAUCGGCACAAUUGAAACGUAAAUUCCCUAAGUUGAAGUUCGAAAGCGUUAGAGGCAAUAUCCAAACCAGAUUGAGAAAGUUGGACGACCCAGCUACUGACUACAAGUGUAUCGUCUUGGCGUCGGCGGGGUUGUUACGGCUGGGCUUGGAAGGGAGGAUUUCUCAGCGAUUCGAUUCCUCUAUUAUGUAUCAUGCGGUUGGUCAAGGCGCAUUGGGCAUUGAGGUAAGAACCAACGAUGCUCAGCUAGCGCCAAUUUUGGAAAGGAUUGGUGAUGUUAAAAGCACAAUAUGCUGUUUCGCAGAGCGCUCGCUAAUGAGAACAUUAGAAGGAGGAUGUUCUGUGCCAAUCGGUGUGGAGAGUAGCUAUGACGAGCAAACGAAAAAACUGCACUUGAAGGGUCUCGUUGUUAGUGUUGAUGGCACAGAGGCAGUUGAAGACGAUUAUGUCAUGACUAUUCAUGAUGUAAGAUUAGACUCCAUCACUUGCGGUCAGGAAUUGGCUCACAAAAUGAUAAGGAACGGCGCGAAGGAAAUAUUGGAUAAAAUCAAUCUGAGCAAAAUUGAUCAAUAA